CUGCUGUCCUUGACAGAGCUGUAAAACUCGAGCUUUAUCUGUUCCAUAAAUGUUCAACGUUUGGCCCGGAGCACCUGACAAAGCUCCACCUCUAACUCACCUGAGACAAACAGAGAACAGAGCUCCUCCACCAGGAAGUGACACCAACACACUGCACGGUGCGAGUCAGACCGGACCGGCAACUUCCCCCGAGUGAGAAAAGCUUCAGCUUCAACACGCUGCUCACUGCGUUCACGGACUGUAGACCUAAAGCUCCACUCACACGGGAAAUGUCUUUCCAGUCCCAGGAGGACUUGUCUUGUCCUGUCUGCCAGGAUAUCUUUAAAAAUCCCGUCGUCCUGUCGUGCAGCCACAGCUUCUGCAAAGACUGCCUGCAGACGUGGUGGAGAGAGACGCCCAUACAGGAGUGUCCCAUUUGUAAGAGAAGAUCAUCAAGGAGUGAUCCACCUUGUAACCUGGCGCUGAAGAACCUGUGUGAGACCUUCGUACUGGAGAGGGAUCAGAGAGCUUCGGCGGGGUCAGAGGCUCUCUGCAGUCUGCACUCUGAGAGACUCAAACUCUUCUGUCUGGACCACGAACAGCCGGUGUGUCUCGUCUGCAGAGAUUCAAUAAUACACAAGAACCACAGAUUCAGACCCAUCCAUGAAUUUGCCCAGGAUCCCAAAAAGGUGCUCCAGACAUCCCUGAAACCCUUAAAAGAGAAACUGAAGCUGUUCGAACAAGUUAAAGAAACUUGUGAUCAAACAGCAGAACACAUGAAGGUCCAGGCCCGACGCACAGAGAGGCAGAUUAAGGAUCAGUUCAAGAAGCUUCAUCGGUUUCUAGAAGAGGAAGAGGAGGCCAGGAUCACUGCUGUGAGGAGGGAAGAGAAGCUGAAGAGUCAGAUGAUGGAGGAGAAGAUGGAGGCUCUGAGCAGAGAGAUAGCAGCUCUUUCAGACACAAUCAGAGCCACAGAGGACGAGCUGAGAGCUGAAGACGUCUCAUUCCUGCUGAACUACAAAGCUGCAUUGGAAAGAGUCCAGCAGCGCCCCCUGCUGGAUGACCCAGAGUUACCCUCAGGAGUUCUGAUAGACGAGGCCAAACACCUGGGCAACCUGACCUUCAACAUCUGGAGCAAGAUGAAGGACAUGGUCUCCUACACUCCUGUGGUUCUGGAUCCAAACACCGCCAACGUAGAAUUUAUCCUGUCUACAGAUCUGACCAGUGUGAGACGAGGAGAGAGACAGAAGCUUCCAGAAAACCCCGAGAGGACCGACUACCAUCGCUCAGUCUGGGGCUGGGAGGGAUUCAACUCAGGGACUCACAGCUGGGACGUCGAAGUCGGAGACAACACAGCGUGGUUUAUUGGUGCGGCAGCUGAGACCAUCCAGAAGAAGAGACGCGUUAAAUCAGGAUUCUGGCAGAUUGAGUUCUACAGUGGUAAAUACAGCACACGCGUGUUGGGGGAUCCACCAACUCUUCUCCGAGUGAAGAAGAAGCUCCAGAAGAUCAGGGUUCACCUGGACUGGAGCAGAGGAAAGCUGACGUUCUCUGAUCCUGAUACGAACACACUCAUACACACCUUCACACACACUUUCACUGACAGGCUGUUUCCAUGCAUGGGCACUUUGAACGACGUCCCACUGAAGGUAUUACAACGCAAAAUCUCUGUCACGAGAGAAUAGCUGAGUUUGAGAUGAUCGUGGACGUGUACAGAGAUUUUUAGACGCCACCUGUGUUUAUAUCUGCAUGAUCCUGAGAUUUCUGACUUAAAGCUGUAAGAACUUUACUCCUGAGAAAGAACACAUGGCUGUUUAGCUGCUAGAUGUUCCAUUCUCUUUUAGCUGGUGUGCUAAAACAAACCAAAACUUGGACCUGACAGAGUCUGAAGCUGCGUUUCUUUCUUUAAACAUUUCUCCUGGUUUGUAACCCCAUUCACAGAUUAUUACUGAGACAUCUUUGGUUGAUUUUAAAGUUUUUAGACACAGUAAUGAUGUAUCAGACAAUGCAGAGGCAAUUCAGUGAUAUCCAUGCAGUCAUGACCUAUAAAACACCAAGUCCUCUUGGUCUGAGACAAGAGAAGUAAAAAUGCUGUCGAUUCAGAGACGAAACCAAGACCUUCAAAAAGUCGUCUUGAGACCUUGACUAGUCUUAUUAAGAUCGCAAGUCCUCUUGGUCUGAGACUGAGACAAGACCUUGAAUCUUGGAUCUUGAAUUACUGAGUACAUCAUCUGAACUUUUUCUAUACAUUUGUUUGACAGUUUUGGUACCGGCUGCAGGGAUUCAUGCCCGGCACUGAUGUCGGGUGGUUUGGUCUGACCUGCAGUCGCCGAACUGGCUUGUAUGUUGGUAUGAAACUCACUUUAUCUAUUUCAAAUGAUGUUUUGGAGCUUGUACUGUUAUAUGAGUUAUUUUGACAUUAUCUUAUUUUCUUGUUUAUAUUUAAUUUUCUCUUUUGUUGUCUAUUAUGAUGACUUG